UCACUGAGUCCUUCAAGCUCUGCAAGUUCUCACAUUUUUUCCAGUAAAGAAUUAAACCUACAGUUUCCAACAAACACACAAGACAAUCCAUGGCGAUCAGGGUCCCUCGUGUGCUGCAAUCAUCCAAGCAAAUUCUCCGACAAGCAAAACUGUUCUCAUCCUCUUCAUCUAGCUCUCUUGAUGUUCCAAAAGGCUACUUAGCCGUUUACGUAGGAGAAAGAAAGAUGAAGAGAUUUGUAGUUCCUAUUUCUUACUUGAACCAGCCUUCAUUUCAAGAUCUACUAAGAAAGGCAGAGGAGGAGUUUGGAUUUGAUCAUCCAAUGGGUGGCCUCACAAUCCCUUGCAGUGAAGAAAUAUUCAUUGAUCUUGCUUCUCGAUUCAACUGAUCAUGACUCACUCAAAUAACCUUUUUAUUCUUUGAUUUUGUACAUUUUUUCCCCCAAUUAGUUUUCUUCAAGAGACGAGAUGACUUAGAAACAUCUGUCCUUGAAAGUGAAACAGAGACUUGUAACACUCUUUUUCCUCACUUACAGUGAGCUGGACUCAAAUCUAAUUAUCAAUCCCAUGAUUCAUCAA